AUGACCGAAGUCUUGUACAUUCCCCGGCAGCCGGAAGCACAGUCCUGUUACCAAAGUUCCGGAUCGGGAAUGCACCAGUCGACUUUAUCCUCGUCCUCGCUGUUCCUUGACAACCAUUUGCUUUCUUCGAGCCCCAAGCCUGAUCAUAACACGCCCCAUGCCGAGCACCAGGAGCAUCUGGCAUCGUCACUCCCGCCCUCGACUGCCACUUCCUUCUCAAGCUUGUCCAAUGCCACUUCACAUGACAGCAGCCGGUCACUAGAGAGAAACGACUCGUUCGACACAGACAUUAGCUUUCCCAACUACGACGACGUCCCCUACAGCCACGAGGAUGGAGACUAUAGCAUGGCCUCUUCCUCGUCUCUGUGUGGGGAUUCUGCGGACGACCGAACAGAGUACACGACCACAGACACCACGCGCUCCGAUUCCCCACUGCUGACUCCGACCGUGUCCGAUGAUACCGCGAUCAAGGAACUGCCUUCACGACAAGUCGACUUCCUGAGCCAUGACUGGCGAGAAGAAGACAUUUGGUCUUCGUGGAGGAACAUUGUUGCGCAGAGGAGGACGGUGUAUGGUGAGAGGUCACGACUGGAGAACGCCUCGUGGCGGACGUGRGCCAAGACCAAGUUCGAUCUCGAGACUGUGUCGCCGGAGAGGCUGAAUUGGCUAAAAGAGUCUGAUGUAACUUGGCUCUAUGGUCCAUUGAAACUCGCGUCAUCCUAUCCCAUCACUAAAACCCAAGCAUCGGAGCCGGGAUCUCAACUUUCCAAGAAUAACUCAUUCGUUAACAAAAAACCCAUCCUCAAAAAGCGAAGCAUGUCCGAAGUAAUGCUGCAGAAGUCUCUGUCGACAUCAUCACUGGUGAGGCAGGCGGCCGCUUCUGUCCAGGCACAGUGUCGUUAUGUUCGAGGUACAGGGACCAGCCUGGGCCCUUCAGAUUCGAAGUUGCCUUCAGAAACACCAAGUCGGGAUCAAGUUGAUUACUUCACAAGUCGCAGUAGCAGCAGCGUCGGCACGCCUUGCGAUGGCCACGAGAAACGACACAUUCGUUUCGACGACCGCGUAGAGCAAUGCAUCGCCAUUGACUGCAAAGACGCUGGAAUUGAUGAGGACGAUGAAAGUGACGACGAGUCACACCACUUUCGACCGCAAUCAUCAGACUCUAGCAGUGAUGAGGGUGUUGUCAUGAUGAAACGUAAAAAGCGGCCAAACGCAAAGAAAUCAGGUUCCCAAGGCAAAGGGAGCCGAAGCAGCUCAACGAGCGGACGCAAAAUCAUCGAAACAUUGCCAUCAACCACCCUCAAAUACCGAACCGACAGCCCAGACGUGACAGAAGAAGCUCAGCACCACACAUUUGGUCGGACGUGGGGCGGUAAUCGUCUGAGUCCUAGCCCGUCCCAGGAAACACUGCGACCGGCACAUCCAUCCAGCAACUUCCUCAUAGCGGAUGACGACGAAGAGGAGGAGUUGAGUUCCGACUCUUCUUGGUCUUUUGGACCCAGCAAUCCAAAGUCAUCGCUCGGAGCAUCCGUGAACAAGCCCAGCCGACGUGACGUCCCCGGGCAUGGAAAGGCGCGAGCUACCAGUUCAACAUCAUAUCAGAGUGAUUACGAAAUUGAGGGGAUGCGGAGGACGGAAAGCGGCAUGUUUAUGCCCUAUGAUGAAGACGAGGAUGACGUGGUUGCUGCCGGUCUCUUCGGUCGUGUUUCCGAGACUUACAAUACCGCAAAGGACAUUGCACACGUAAUCUGGAAUGUCGGCUGGAGGAAAUGA